AUGGACGAAUUGAGCUAUUCAAUAGCAACCGAAGAUGACCGAAAGGGGAUCCGAGAGUUUCUGAUGAAACAUUUUCUCAAAGAAGAAACCAUGAAUGUGGCGACAGGUAUCACCGAGGAAGAAUUUGCUCCAUUUGCCGACAAAGUCCUUGACAUAGCGUUGCCAACACCAUUCACUGUCAUUUGUCGAAAUGGGAAUGGAGAUAUCGUUGGUGUGGCGGUGAGCACGAUUUAUCGCCGAGAUGAUCCGGAAUUUGUAGACCCACUCGCAUCCCCACAGCGGCCUGAAAUAGCUGCGAUUGUUGAUUGCAGAGAUCUCCUCAGCGUUGCUUCUGCUUACCAUCGUCGAGGUAUCGCAGGAAAAAUGCUUGAUAAAAGGAAGUCACCCGAAUUUUUGAAGAAAUACGGAGUCCAAGGUUUUAUCUGCCAAGCGUCAUCAUAUGCGAACCAAAUGCUUUUGAAGAAGCGAAAAGAUCAAGAACUAAUGGAUGUGCCAUUCACGAGAUUCACUGGGAAAAAUGGUGCGCAACUUAUUCAGCCACAAGACGAAACAUUAUCAGUGAAACUAUUCUGGAAACCGUAUAACCCUUAA